GACUUCAACUCUUGAAACUUCAGGUUUUCAGAUUCACCUGUUGAAUUAUUGUCGAAAAAUACUUGGGUUUGAGAUUAUUAACCUACCUAUUUGAAAACUUAGUAAUUCAUACUUUCAGUGAAUAGUCAGUGUCACAACAGCAAAACUACAAUAGUAACCACCAUGGAGAUUGAAAUUUGUUGGUGUACAAUCACUUUUGCGGUAUUGAUUUUUAUUAUUGGCUUUUAUUACAUUGGCUAUUUGAUAAAAGUCUCUAUGGGACCGAAGAGGUCCUUCAAAGACUUAAAAAACAAGCAUGUUGUCAUCACCGGUGGAUCGAGUGGAAUCGGCAAAGCCAGUGCUUUGGAAGCAGCGAAACUAGGAGCGAACGUGACCAUCAUUGGCCGGGACGUCCAGCGCCUCAAGAAUGCUGUCAAUGAGAUAAUUCAGAAGGUAGCACCCGCAAACAAUCAAAACAUUCAAUAUGUUGCUCUAGACAUUACAUCUGGAUAUGAUUCAGUUGAGAAGUGCUUCUCAAACAUUGAAGCUACUCUAGGUCCAAUAUUCAUGUUGAUAAAUUGCGCUGGAAUGUGCAUAUGUGGUGUGUUUGAAGACAUGAAGGCAGAUGAUGUGAAGCACAUGAUGGACUUGAAUUUCUUUGGUACGGCCGACCCCACCAAGUAUGUGUUAUCUGCAAUGAAAAAGAGGAAUGAAGGCCGCAUUGUGUUUGUGACUACUGAAGCUGCAUUAAUGGGCAUCUAUGGAUACAGUGCUUAUGGCGCCUCAAAAUGGGCUGUCCGUGGUCUGGCCGAGGCCAUAAACAUGGAGGCUAUUGGCACCAAUGUGCAGGUGACGUUGGCAUUCCCGCCUGACACUGAGACUCCUGGCUUCGAGAAGGAGGAGCUUACCAAGCCGACUGUCACCAAACUUAUAUCUGGAUCGGGGGGCUUGUGGAAGCCUGAUGAUGUUGGCAAAAAGAUAGUCCAUGAUGCUAUGGCUGGCAAGCUGUACUCAACUUUUGGCAGCACCGGAAAGAUGUUAGAAAUUCUGAAUUGCAAUGGCAUUUCUUCAAUUUGGCAAGUUUUGACCCAGUGUGUGUUCAUGGGAGGGCUACGAUUUAUCAUGGUAUUUGUCUUGACCAAUUUCUAUGCCAUUGUUAACAAUGACCUCGCUGAAAAACUAAUAUCACCAAAUGUGAAGGUUGAAGAAAAUACUUGCACUGAAGAGAAGAACAAAGAUAAAUAAACAUUUCAAAGGAUAUAAGAUCUCUAAGGUAAAUAUGGAGUAAUACGGACACAGUGUAAGAUUUUUGGAUAAUAUUGUAGAAGUACUUACCCAACUACUGGGCUAGAUUUAUGUAGACUAGGUGCUUAACCAGACUCAUAGUCAAUUUCCUUGAUGUUAUUUACUCACUAAAGAAAUAUAUAACCAAGUUAAUCUCUAUGUGUGAUAGUACCCAAGAAUUGGGAAUAUAAAACCAAAAAAGUUAUUGAUGUUGUGAACAUUAUGAAUUUCAUAUUUUACUUUUCAGCAAUUUUAUACAUAUAACUUAACUUUUCCACUAAAUGGAUACUCUACAUUCCGAUGUAUAUCAUUUUACAUUUUCACAAUAAUCCUAGCUUUGUUGUUGUUCCUACCUAUUACCUAAGAACAUAGUUUAUUUUUUAUGUUUAUGUCAACUCAACUUUUAGUUAAUUUUGAUAAGGGUAAGUUAAUUCUAGUUAACCCCAUACUGCAUGGAUUACUUUCCAAAAAGCCUUAGUACAUAAAAUAGGAAAAUCUAACUUGUCAUGUAAUUGCGAAUAUUAUAAACUUGCUAGUUUUAUUUUGUUAUUUACGUUUAGUUAUACAGUACAAGUAUUAUUUACAUAUACUUAAUUUACUAUCUUAGUAACUAAAUAAAUGCAUUUAUUAAAAUACUUAACUAAUAGUCACAAAAUGAAGUACACAAUAAAUCAUUUUCUUGCUGUA